UCCAAAACCUCUCUGUAUCCUGCCUCUCUGGAAAAACAUCAACCUGCUAAGUCACUAUUUUCUCCCUCCAACCCGACCGUACUUCCAAACAGGCCACUCCCUCCUGCUUCCACGUCAUCCUCUCCCAUGACAUUCUUGUCUUUAAUCUCCAAAACGUCACCGCCUCCUCCUCCUGUCAAAAUCUCGCCUGUUCCUCUCCUCAAAGCCUCGCCAUCUCCUCCAGAGGAAACCAGGCCUCGGCCGCCCCCGCCUCAGUCUCUCCCUCACACCACGGGUCCGCUGUUCGAGCACCAGCCUUUCAUUGUGAGUUGGAAUAUCCCCGAUCUGGUGUGUAACAGAUACAAGAUCUCGCUAGACACUUCACCCUUUAAAGGGGUGGCCACACCUGCCAAGGUUCCAGGUCAGUUCUUGUCUCUGUUCUACACAGACCGACUGGGUCUGUACCCACAUGUAGACCAAACCAGUAGAAAACAGCUGUAUGGUGGCAUCCCUCAGAGAGGCAACCUGAGAGCCAGUAUGACCAAGGCCAGAGCAGACGUUAACUACUACAUCCCAUCCAGCCGAGGUUUGGCUGUGAUAGACUGGGAGGAAUGGCGCCCCCUGUGGGACAGAAACUGGGGCAAUAAGAGAAUCUACCAGACUUUAUCUGUGGCCCAUGCCCUGCAGACAAACCCGUCCCUCACACUGCAGUAGGCCACAGAAAAGGCCAAACAACAGUUCCAGCUGGCAGCCAGAAGUUUGAUGUCAGGGAUGUUGGCGAUGGGCAGAGCUAUGAGGCCCAACUAUCUCUGGGGCUUCUACCUGUUUCCCAACUGCUACAACUAUGGCUGGUUGGAGCCGGGCUACACAGGCCGCUGCUCCAGGGAGGUGAGGAGGCAGAACGACCAGCUGCUGUGGCUGUGGGAGGCCAGCACCGCCCUCUACCCCUCUGUGUAUCUGCAGGCUGCUUUGGCAGACAAUCCCAGAGCCGCUCUGAUGGUGAGAAACCGUGUCCAGGAAGCUUUGAGAGUGUCCACCCUGCCAAGGCGGAGUGCCACGGCGCCUGUGUUUGUUUACACGCGACCUGUCUUUGUUGAUCAGAACAGACGCUUCCUCAGCCAGGGGGACCUGGUCAGCACCAUUGGGGAGAGUGCAGCAGUGGGAGCGUCUGGUGCUGUGCUGUGGGGGGCCAGUGCAGACUAUGAUGACCAGGCCUCCUGUAAAUCCCUCUCAUCUUACCUCUCCUCCACCCUCAACCCUUACAUCACCAACGUCACCGCCGCCGCCCAGCUCUGCAGCAACUUCCUGUGCCAGGGGAACGGCCGCUGCGUGCGCAAAAACUACAACUCCAAUCACUACCUCCACCUGAACCCUGACAGUUUCAGGGUCCUGCACGUCCAGAACCGCUACCUUGUUCUAGGGAAACCCACCUUUGCAGACCUGAGGACGCUGAGCAGGAGGUUCACCUGCCAAUGCUACAAAGGACUGAGCUGCACUCCUCCCAGGACGCACAGCGAGCUCGCCAAGGCCCUGAUGUUUAGUGGGAAACAAGGGCUGCACCAAAAAGCCCAUAUUCUGAAUAAAGCUGUGUUGGAUGACACGCAACAAGCCAGUAUCACUAAGGACAAUGUUAAAAAGAACUUGAACAUUUAGCUUGUCACUGACAGGAAACACACCACUUAAACCAAACCACACUGUCCAUUCAGACAUCAGACAUUCAGACAGCUGGACACUGGAGUCCAGAGCGAUCAAAGGGCGUCUUUGUGUUGAUUGUGUUUGAUUUGCAUGGCGAGUAAUUAAAACGAACAGGCUCUGCUCAGCUGGAGAACAAAAGCAGAUCACAAUGCAACCUUAGAGAACGCGG